AUGAAAUUAAUUUUUAUUUUAACAUUUACUUUUUUAUAUAUUUUUAAUUUAAUUGAAUGCCAAUCAUUGCCUUGUUUUAAUAAUUUUUCAAUAAUAGAUGUAAAUAAUAGCUCAUGUUCAAAACCAAUAAAUAGUAGCGAAAGAAUCGAUUUGUGCGGUACUGCUUUUGUAAAUAUAAAAUCAACCGAAAAUGGUUAUGUAACUUACAGUUUUUGUGAAGACAAUUCAUGCAGAAGAGUUAUCAUCAAUGGAUCAUUUAAGUCAAAUUGUAACCAAGAACAAAACACAAAUAUAAAAGUAACAAUAAAAGACAUAGAAUACGAAUACUCUAUAAAUUGUUCAUGUACAGAUAAAUCAAAAUGUAACAGUAAUUCAAUUCAAUCUUUUACAGAAAGUAACGAUUAUAAUGAUUUAAUUAGUAUUCCGAUUUUUGUUUCAGCAAUACCACUAUUAAUUUUAUUAAUUUAA